CAGCCCUACAAUGUUUCUUCGACAAUUCGCUCUGACCGCAGUUCGCUUCAGUCGACUCCAAAGGUCGUCCACCCUAUUGACUACGCGUGGUUAUACUGUACAGGUGCAGAAACCAGCACCCGAUUUCUCUGGUACCGCAGUUUUCAACGGAGAAUUCAAGGAGAUCAAACUGAAAGAUUUCCUUGGGAAAUAUUUAGUGCUGUUUUUCUACCCGCUUGACUUCACUUUCGUCUGUCCCACCGAGUUGAUAGCGUUCUCCGAUAAGAUGGAUGAAUUUUCCAAGAUCAAUACGGCUAUCGUUGGCGUGUCCACCGAUUCGCAUUUCAGUCAUUUAGCGUGGAUCAAUACUCCUCGCAAAGAAGGGGGUUUGGGUGGAUUACGCUAUCCUCUGCUGGCCGAUUACAAAAAGUCCAUUUCUCGUGAUUACGGAGUAUUGCAAGAGGGAAUGGGUGUAGCUCUUCGUGGACUGUUCAUCAUCAACCCUGAGGGAAUAGUUCGUCAGAUCACAAUUAAUGACCUUCCGGUUGGAAGGUCGGUCGAUGAAGUGCUUCGUCUGGUUAAGGCCUUCCAGUUUGUGGAUAAGCAUGGUGAAGUUUGUCCGGCCAACUGGGAACCAGACUCACCGACAAUCAAGCCAGAUAUCAAGGGAUCAAAGGAAUAUUUCAGCAAACAACACUAAAUCAAUGACAUUUUCCUAUUGCAGAUGAACCGGACCCUCACUUUUCGUAAUUUCGUCACACAGCAAUUGAUGGUCAUAUGUUUUCUGUACGUUCGCGCUUUGCCUAGUCUCAUUUCCAUCGCAUUGUUACUUCUAGAUGUGUGGGGAUUCAU